CGUAGCGUUACCAUAACCACCCACCAACCCACUACCAACCACCAUAUUGAAAAAUAAAUUAGUUUAUCGAUGAUGUGAAGUAUGAGCAAGUAAUCAGUGAUUUUGUGGUGUGAAAAUUGAUGUAUAUUAGCAAAAAUGUCUGGAAAUUUCGGGAUGCAACAGUUAAUACCCAUAGUGAACAAAUUGCAAGAUGCAUUUGUCCAAAUGGGCGUGCACAUGUCCUUAGAUCUUCCACAAAUUGCUGUUGUGGGUGGUCAAUCCGCUGGAAAAAGUUCGGUGCUAGAGAAUUUUGUCGGCAGGGAUUUUUUGCCCCGAGGAUCAGGUAUCGUCACUCGGCGCCCACUUAUUCUGCAACUUAUAAAUGGAAAUGCAGAAUGGGCGGAAUUUUUGCACUGCAAGGGCAAGAAGUUCACAGACUUCCACGAAGUGCGCGCCGAAAUCGAGGCCGAGACCGAUCGUAUCACCGGCUCCAACAAGGGCAUUUCCCCGGUGCCUAUCAACUUGCGUGUCUACUCUCCUAAUGUACUCAACCUGACACUGAUCGACUUGCCGGGUCUGACGAAGGUGCCAAUCGGCGACCAGCCGGUAGACAUUGAGCAGCAGAUCAAAAACAUGAUUUUCCAGUUCAUAAGGCGCGAGUCAUGCCUAAUUCUCGCCGUGACCCCAGCGAACACCGAUUUAGCGAACAGCGAUGCACUGAAACUUGCCAAAGAAGUUGACCCUCAAGGUCUACGUACCAUCGGUGUAAUCACUAAGUUGGAUCUCAUGGACGAUGGUACUGAUGCUCGGGAUGUCCUCGAGAACAAGUUGCUGCCUCUGAGGCGUGGAUACAUCGGCGUCGUGAACCGCUCACAGAAGGACAUAGACGGUCGAAAGGACAUUUCUGCCGCGCUUGCUGCUGAAAGGAAGUUCUUUCUUAGCCACCCCUCCUACCGGCAUCUUGCGGAUCGGCUGGGCACACCUUACUUGCAGCGAGUGCUGAAUCAACAGCUGACCAAUCACAUUCGAGACACACUGCCCGGCCUACGGGACAAGCUUCAGAAGCAACUGCUAACACUCGAGAAGGAUGUGGACCAAUACAAGCACUUCAGACCCGACGACCCGUCUAUUAAGACCAAGGCUAUGUUACAGAUGAUCCAACAACUGCAAACAGAUUUCGAGAGGACCAUCGAAGGCUCAGGCUCGGCGCAGAUUAAUACGAACGAGUUGUCCGGAGGUGCGAAAAUCAACAGACUGUUCCACGAAAGGUUCCCCUUCGAAAUCGUCAAGAUGGAAUUCGAUGAGAAGGAACUGCGCAGAGAAAUCGCAUUCGCCAUUCGUAACAUCCAUGGUAUCAGAGUGGGUCUCUUCACACCGGAUAUGGCUUUCGAAGCUAUAGUGAAGAAGCAGAUCGGUCGGCUAAAGGAACCAAGUCUCAAGUGCGUCGAUCUGGUCGUCCAAGAACUUUCGAACGUUGUCCGAGUUUGCACAGAAAGGAUGUCGCGAUACCCGAGGCUGCGCGAAGAGACGGAGCGUAUUAUAAUGUCGCACGUGCGUUCUCGUGAGCAGCAGUGCAAGGAUCAGCUAAUACUGCUCAUCGACUGCGAGCUCGCGUACAUGAACACCAACCACGAGGAUUUUAUUGGUUUCGCCAAUGCUCAGAACCAAUCGGAGAAUGCAGCUAAAUCGGGCCAGCGUUCACUCGGUAACCAGGUUAUCAGGAAGGGAUACAUGUGCAUACACAACCUAGGAAUAAUGAAAGGUGGUUCCCGAGACUACUGGUUCGUUCUGACAUCGGAGAGCAUUUCGUGGUUCAAGGACGAAGAGGAGCGUGAGAAGAAAUAUAUGUUGCCCCUUGAUGGACUCAAGCUGCGUGACCUUGAGCAGGGCUUUAUGUCGCGUCGCCACAUGUUUGCGCUUUUCAAUCCAGAGGGACGAAACGUGUAUAAGGAUUAUAAGCAGCUUGAGUUGUCUUGCGAGAACCAAGACGACGUUGAUUCUUGGAAAGCGUCCUUCCUCAGAGCCGGCGUAUAUCCGGAAAAAACUUCUGAAGCGGCGAACGGUGAUGAGAGCUCAGAUACGUCAGCCACCAGCAGUAUGGACCCUCAGUUGGAGCGACAAGUGGAGACCAUCCGAAACCUGGUUGACUCUUACAUGCGCAUCGUGACCAAGACCACUCGUGAUCUCGUGCCGAAGACUAUUAUGAUGAUGAUCAUCAACAAUGCCAAAGAUUUUAUCAACGGAGAGCUUCUGGCUCAUUUGUACGCAUCUGGAGAUCAGUCGCAAAUGAUGGAGGAAUCGCCUGAGGAGGCUCUCAAGCGCGAGGAAAUGCUGCGUAUGUACCACGCCUGCAAAGAGUCGUUGCGGAUCAUUGGUGACGUUUCAAUAGCUACAGUCACGACGCCCGUACCGCCACCCGUCAAGAAUGACUGGCUCGAGAGCCGCCUCGACUCGAACCCGCGCCUCUCGCCUCCCUCGCCUGGAGGACCACGACGAGCUGCGCCCGCGCAACAAGGUUCGCUAGGGCAGAGAGGGGCUCCCCCAGUGCCCGGCGGUGGGGCAGGUAGGCCUGCGCCGCCGCUGCCGUCGCGGCCAGGUGGCUCCGCCCCUCCCCCGCCCGGCGGUCGCCCCGUGCCCUCGCAGGGCCUCCCCGCCCCGCUCAUACCCACGCGACCGGGCUCGGCUGCCGGAGUGGCGGUCGGUGCUAUGAACCAGAUGCCACCACACAUGAGGCAGCAAAUCAACCAGGCGGUCGGACAGGCGGUCACAAACGCCGCCAUCAGCGAACUCAGCUCCGCUUUCGCCAGAUUCAAGUAAAAAAUACAAUGCUCUGGACCUCUGCGCACUUUGACCUGAGGGUUAGGUUUCUUGGUACAUUGACAAUACAAUACACAUAGAGUUAGGUGCUUUUGCAGUAGCCAUACAACGACGUUUAAGGAGUGGUUACAGUUUUAAUAUUAUACUUCCACUCACAUAAAUUUUAUGUCUGAUGUAAUCUUUUCAGUGAGCCUGUGAGCCUUUUAAUGAAUAUUACUUUUCUUAUAACCUCAGUCCACUAGUUCACACACUUCAUGGAAGAGAGGAUUUGAAAGUUUGACAUCUACACUGUUUCCACUGAAAAACCUAAUUAAUAGAUUUCAAUAAAAAAAAAGAUUUGUCUUGCACAAAUUAUAAAAGAUAUAAUAAAAACGUAUCGCUUAUAAAAAUAGAAUAAAAAUGACGUUGCCAAAUUAUCAAAUUAAGUUCGAGCAAUUUACCAAGAAACAAAACUAAAAGGAUCUGCACUUUUGGAGUGUGCUUUCGCCUAAUGCCCUAAAUGUGUUUUAUCUAACAGCUGUGUCAUUACUGAAUACCUUAUAUUGUUGUUGUACAAUAUAACACAUACUUAAGCUUUUGUUUGUCAACUGAAUAGUGUGCUUCUAAACUUUUAAUCACACAAUUAUCACAUUUUACUGCGCUCCGUCUAUGUUUUCAUUUAUAGUUAUUAAUAUAAUUUUUAUUCCAGUUAACAUUGUAUUGAAUGAUUAACCAGUUUUUAAGGUAUAAUACAGGCUAAGUUUAGUUUAUUAGAUAGAAUAAAGUUAUUUUUAUUAAGUCGCAUGGAAAUUUGAUAUCCAAAAUCACAAUGUUACCAUAGUGUUAGUUAUAUAUAGUUUUUGAAAUUUAUCGCGUUUUGAAUAUUUAAUGAAAAAAGACGAGAUUUUAAAACAUAUCUCGUAGUAAUUAAAUCCGUCUGUGCUAGAUUUCAUACAAUAUUUAAAAUAAAUACUUACAGCUAAUUCACUGGAAAAACUUAAACCUUUGUGAUAAUCACUUUUGACUUUGUACGAGUGUUACAAGAGCGAUUACAAAAGAUAAUGUAAGACUAUGGCAUGGCCAGAAUCAUGGCCUGGGUUGCUUAAAUGCAGAACAGCGUAAUCGUUAAAACGAUCAACGAAAGUCGGGGUGACCUUCUUAACUUUUUUUUUCAAAGUGUUGUGUCAAAAUACGUACGACGUUAUUUGCAUUCCGUGGAUUUAAUAAAAUAGGGCCUCUACUGUGGUAUUUAUUAAUAAUGAACGAACACCGAGCGCAGGUUUCUUAAUCACAGGCGGAUUUCCCGGUAAUUUAAAAUAACUUUGAAGAUCACACACGAUUUUGAUACCUAUUGUCAAAGGCUGGAGGUGCGACAAUUAAUGAUUUAAAUUGUAGUAUUCAAUAAUACACACAAUAUUAGAUUAUUAUGACUUAAGUCACACACUUUUAAUUAGGAAUGUACUUUUAAAAUUAUACAAAGGGACCUCUAGCCUAAAGCUUUUUAUAGGUGUAAAAAAAAAUUGCACAAUUGUUUAAAAUUUUUUUGCGCGUUAUUAAAUAUGCUAUUAAUCAAAUAUUUAUAUUAUGUAAAUCUAGUGUUUGACGCCAAAAUAGUUGGAUUCUGUUAUAUAAGGAAAAAAAUAUCUAAAAAUUUCAGUAUUAACUGCAAAUGACUUCUAUGCAGUGCUUUAGGAUAAUAUUACGAAAUAUACGAUGUUGAUACUUUACUGGAUUGUAUUUAAGGUACCCGUUUAUAUCGGGAAUGUGUAAAGUUUAUUUUGUGAGGUUAAUUGUACAGAUUCAGCGGCUUAAGGUGCUAAGAUGAAUUUUCAUAAUAGCUAUUCCAUACAAUGGCUAAAGAUACUUUAGGGGACGACAUAUUGUAAUUGUAAAUAACAGCUUUGAUCAAGUGUAUGAAUAAUUAUUGGACGUAGAAAAACAAAAUGGAUCUAAUCCACAUCGAGAUAGUUUUGAGAAAUUUAGGGCCUUACAGGGAAAUAUGCGAUAACAUGAUGUAAGCGGUGAUAGCCUAGUAGGUAACGCUUCGGCUUUUCUUUCGUGGCGACCGAGUUCGA